UUUCCUAUUACGUUUAAUUUUUUGGGUAGAGUUGCUUUCCUGAAAUCAGUGAAGCAAGAUAGUUUUCAUUCAUUUGCUUCUCUGCAUUUGCCACACCGAAAUAAUGUGACUACAAAGAUAACUCUGUCAUACAGAAUGGCUUUGUCAUGAUACAACUCUACCUGUGAGUCAAGUUUUCAGGCAGUUAGGGAUUGAGGUUGGGGAGAAUUGAUCAAUCCUGCUACUCUCUGCAAUGGAUUUUGAGCGAACUGAGAAAUGGAAAGCAUCAGAUCUCAUUAAAACCAUCAUGGAUCCACUCAGCAUAGCCAGUACUCAUUUGGGAUUUGAUCUUCUCAACAAGCCGAGGAAAACUGAUGGCAACACCCUCUUCUCACCUGUGGGCAUCUCCACUACCAUCGGCAUGAUCCUCAUGGGGAGCCGAGGAAUCACGGCCUCCCAGUUAGAGGAGGUAUUUUGCUCUGAGGAAGAAACUGAGAGCUCAGGAAUAAAAGCUGAAGAAGAAGAGGUUGAAAAGACAGAGGAGAUUCAGCACCUGUUCCAAAAGCUUUUGACUAGAAUAAGCAAACUCACUGAUGAUUAUGGACUGAACAUAACCAACAGGCUGUUUGGAGAGCAAACAUAUUUCUUCCUUCAAAAAUACUUAGAUUAUGUUGAAAAGUAUUACCAUGCAUCUCUGGAACCUGUUGAUUUUAUGAACGCAGCAGAUGAAAGUCGAAAGAAGAUUAAUUCCUGGGUUGAAAGCCAAACACGAGAAAGUAUCAAGAACUUGUUUCCAGAUGGUUCUCUCAGCAGCUUGACCAAGUUGGUGCUGAUGAACACAAUUUAUUUUAAAGGGCAAUGGGAUAGGGAGUUUAAGAAAGAAAAUACCAAGGAGGAGGCAUUUUGGCUGAAUAAGAGUACAAGUAAAUCUGUGCUGAUGAUGACGCUGAAGCAUUCCUUUAGCUUCACUUUCCUAGAGGACUUGCAGGCAAAAAUUGUGGGGAUUCCAUAUAAACACAGCGACCUAAGCUUGUUUGUGCUUCUUCCCAAUGACAUAGAUGGUCUGGAGAAGAUUGUAGAUAAAGUAAGUCCUGAGCAAUUGGUGGAGUGGACUAGUCCAGGGCAUAUGGCAAAAAGGAACAUUCAUCUACACAUGCCCCGGCUGGAAGUGGAGGACACUUUCGACCUUGGGGAGGUCCUGGCAGACAUGGUGAUGGGCAACAACCUUGGUGAGUGCCAGGCCAACUGUUUGGAAAUGACCCCACGCUCCAGCUUGCGAGCCCAGAAGAUCCUGCACAGAUGCCGCAUAGUGCUCAGCGAGGGAGGCACCGAGGCUGCAGCGGGCACUGGCAUCGACUUCAACGUGGCAUCAGCCCCGGGCGAUGAAAAUACUCAUUCUGAUUGCCCCUUCCGGUCCUUCACCAGGCGCGAUGCCACAUCACAGCCAGGUGCUGAAAAUGUUCACUGUGAUCAUCCCUUCCUGUUCUUCGUCAGGCACAAGGAGUCCAAAAACAUUCUGUUCUUUGGCAGAUUUUCUUCUCCUUAGGAGAGUCAUUGCUGUCCUUAGAAAAGACAGCCACCAAGGUUAGCACAGGCAUGUGAUAAUGGAAAUCGUCUGUUCUUGUGAAUGUUUUUCUCACUUACAUUCCAAUCCCACAUUCAAAUCAAUAAUUUAAGGACUAGCAUGGUGUGUGUG